CAGACCCAGGGCCAGGACCCUGGUAUUGGGACAGAUCCAGGGAUAGGCCACACCACUUUGCCCCGACCCUGGGAUUGGCACCAGCUUCCAACCAGUCCCUGGCAAAGCUUGUAAGUCCUUCCAAUGGCAACAAACAAUACCUCUCCUGUAGCGUCCUCCUCACUAAGUGUCAUGUUCAUCUCUGUGCUGGCUAUCAUCCUACUGUCGGUGGCGCUGGCUGUGGGGAUCCCUGGCAACAGCUUUGUGGUGUGGAGCAUCCUGAAAAGGAUGCGGAAGCGCUCGGUCACUGCCCUGCUGGUGCUGAACCUGGCCCUGGCCGACUUGGCUGUAUUGCUCACUGCUCCCUUUUUCCUCCACUUCCUGGCCCGAGGCACCUGGAGGUUUGGACUGGCUGGCUGCCGCCUGUGCCACUAUAUCUGCGGAGUCAGCAUGUACGCCAGCGUGCUGCUGAUCACCGCCAUGAGUCUGGACCGCUCGCUGGCGGUGGCCCGUCCCUUCCUAUCCCAGAAGCUGCGCACCAAGACGAUUGCCAGGCGGGUGCUGGCAGGGAUCUGGGUGGUGUCCUUUCUGCUGGCCACGCCCGUCCUCGUGUACCGCACGGUGAUCUUGGUACCGAACAACAGGAGCCUGCACUGCUCUUCGAGGUACACCAACGAAGGCCACAGGGCCUUCCAUCUGCUCUUCGAGGCCAUCACGGGCUUCCUGCUGCCCUUCAUGGCCGUGGUGGCUAGCUACUCCGACAUCGGGCGGCGGCUGCAGGCCCGGCGCUUCCGCCGCAGCCGCCGCACCGGCCGCCUGGUGGCACUCAUCAUCCUGGCCUUCGCGGCCUUCUGGCUGCCCUACCAUGCGGUGAACUUGGCCCAGGCGGGCCGCGCGCUGGCCGGCCAGCCCGCGGGGUCAGGGCCCGUGGGGCAGCGGCUGAGCCUGGCCCGCAGAGUGCUCAUCGCGCUCGCCUUCCUGAGCAGCAGCGUGAACCCCGUGCUGUACGCGUGCGCCGGCGGCGGCCUGCUGCGCUCGGCCGGCGUGGGCUUCCUCGCCAAGCUGCUGGAGGGCACGGGCUCCGAGGGGUCCAGCGCCCGCCGUGGGGGCACCCUGGGCCAGAUCGCGAGGGGCGCCCCCGCCUCUCCGGAGCCCGACGCUGCCGAGGGAAGCGAACUGAACUAGGCCUGGCGGAAGGAUGCUCGUUUUCCUCCCAACGGAGUACCUCACUCUGGGCUGACCCAUGUCUGUACCCGGAGGAGGAGCAGGGGCUAGGGGUGGAGCAGAGGAAGAGGGAGGGAUGGGGCGAGCGAGGACAGAGUGAGCGCAUGCUCCAGCCUGGCUCCUGUCGGCAGCUUUACCAUUAAAACUGAAGUCUGAAA